AGCGGGCGGGGGCGUGCGGCGGGGCCGGGACGCUCUCGCUCUCACUCACACUCACACUCGCACUCACCGCACGCCCCUCGCACCAUUGUCCCUGCCCGCCCGCCCCGCUCGCUCUCCCUCGCUCGCUCUCUCGGGGUGUUUUGUUGGCGGCCCGGCGGGGCCCGGCGCGCCCGCGGCGGAGCGAGAGGAGCGGAGCGGAGCGGCACAUUCAUUAUCGGCCGGGGGCCGAUUUCAAACCGCUGCCAUCGCGGCUCCAUUGUUCGCCGGGCGGGCGGCCCCGCCCCCCUUUGUGCGCGGCGGCCGCGAUUGGCCGGCGCCGGGCGGAGCGCUGCCGUCACCGCUCGGGAAGCCCAUUCAUCUGUGCACUUGGGCGUUGGACUCCGCAUCUUAUUAGCAACCAGGGAGAUUUCUCCAUUUUCUCCUUGUCUACAUAUUUAUACCAACCCAACGCUCUUUGUUUCCCCUCCUUUUGGAUCUGUUGAGUUUCUUUGUUGAAUAAGACAGCAUGGGUGCCCAGUUCUCCAAGACCGCUGCAAAGGGCGAAGCCGCCGCCGAGAAACCUGGGGAAGCAGUGGCUGCAUCUCCAUCCAAGGCGAAUGGACAGGAGAACGGCCACUUGAAGGUGAACGGCGACGCCUCCCCCGCGGCGGCGGAGGCGGGCAAGGAGGAGGUGCAGGCGAACGGCAGCGCGCCCGCCGAGGAGACGGGCAAGGAGGAGGCGGCCUCGUCGGAGCCCGCCUCCGAGAAGGAGGCGGGAGAGGCGGAGAGCACCGAGCCGGCCUCCCCGGCGGAGGGCGAGUCCUCCCCCAAGACUGAGGAGGGCGCGACCCCCUCGUCCAGCAGCGAGACCCCGAAAAAAAAAAAGAAGCGCUUUUCCUUCAAGAAGUCCUUUAAGCUCAGCGGCUUCUCCUUCAAGAAGAACAAGAAGGAGGCCGGCGAGGGGGCCGAGGGCGAGGGCGGCGCCGCCGCCGCCGCGGCGGAGGGCGGGAAGGAGGAGGCGGCGGCCCCCGAGGCGGCGGGCGGCGAGGAGGGCAAGGCCGCCGAGGAGGCGUGCGCGGCCGGCAGCGCCGAGGCCAAGGAGGAGGCGGGGGACUCGCAGGAGGCCAAAUCGGACGAGGCCGCCCCCGAGAAGGCGGCGGGAGAAGAGGCCCCGGCGUCGGCGGCGGCCGAGGAGCAGCAGCCGGCCCAGCAGGCGGCCGAGGGGAAGGCGAAGGCGGCGGAGGAGGCGGCGGGCGCCGGCGCCGGCACGAGCGAGGCGGGCAGCGGCGAGCAGGAGGCGGCGCCCGCGGAGGAGCCGGCGCGGCAGGAGCCCCCCGCCGAGAGCAGUCCCGAGGGACCCGCCGCCGAGUCGGCGGAGUAGCCAGCGCCGCCGCCGCCCCUCGCCGACGGACUUUUCUUCCCCCUGUUUGUUUUUGGAGUGGUGCCAGGUACUGGUCUCGGAGAACUUGUCUACAACCAGGGAUUGAUUUAAAAGAUGUCUCGUUUCUUUUUUUUCUCUCCCCCCGCAGCUCCCAUCUCAAAUCGUUAUGUGUUGCCGCCAUUCCAACGGGCGGAGGGGGGCUCCCCUCCGCCUUCCUCUCCCAUCCUCUAUAUUUUGGUUUUUUGGGGUUGUUUUUUUUUUCAUCAGUAUUAAUGUUUUGUUUUGGUUGGUUCGGUUUUUUUUUUUUUCCGUUGGUUUUUAUUUUCUUUGUUCGUUUUAUUUUUUUAAUUUCAUACUUUGCAACUCUCUUCAUAUUAUAAAACUUUUGCCGAUCGGUCUAUGGACAUGCCCAUAUAUGAAGGAGAUGGGUGGGUCAAUAAGGGAUAUCAAAUGAAGUGACAGGGGCCGCAGUGGGGAACCCGGGCCGCGCAGCCCUUGCCGGGAGCGCGCCCCGCCAGAAAUGAUGUAAGGGGUUAGUCUUUUUUUUAAAAGAAAGUUAUUACGAUGUAUUUUGUGAGGCAGAUGUUCUAUAAGGUUUACAACACUACAAGUCUUGAUUAAGAAGGAAAGGAAAAAGGAAAAAAAAAAAAUAAAAAUCAAUACCCAGAUAAAGAGAUCAUAGUCUUAGGAAUUCAUUUAAACCAUAGGAACUUUUCACUUAUCUCAUGUUAGCUGUAUCAGUCAGUGAUUAAGUAGAAAUACAAGUUGUAUAGGCUUUAUUGUUUAUUGCUGGUUUAUGACCUUAAUAAAGUGUAAUUAUGUAUUACCAGCAGGGUGUUUUUAACUGUGACUAUUGUAUAAAAAAAAAAACAAAUCUUGAUAUCCAGAAGCACAUGAAGUUUGCAACUCUUUCCACCCUGCCCAUUUUUUGUAAAACUGCAGUCAUCUUGGACCUUUUAAACACAAAUUUUAAACUCAACCAAGCUGUGAUAAGUGGAAUGGUUACUGUUUAUACUGUGGUAUGUUUUUGAUUACAGCAGACAAUGCUUUCUUUUCCAGUUGUCUUUGAAAAUAAAAGAAAACUCUUCAGAUGCAAUGUUUUUUUUUUUUUUUUUGUGUAGCAUCUUGUCUAUCAUGUUUUUGUAAAUACUGGAGAAGCUUUGACCAAUUUGACUUAGAGAUGGAAUGUAACUUUGCUUACAAAAAUUGCUAUUAAACUCCUGCUUAAGGUGUUCUAAUUUUCUGUGAGCACACUAAAAGCGAAAAAUAAAUGUGAAUAAAAUGUAUAA